GCCAAGCACGCAGAUAAGCCACUAGGUGCUUGGUGGUGCCAGGACAGCGGGAGGGCGCAGAAGGUCCCCCCCUCUCCAUUGGAGACAGCUUAAAAAGAGAGAGGGCGCGGCGAGGGACAGGCACGGCGCGGACUGCUGGCCCUGAGGACGGCAGGAUGCUCAGCGCAGCUCUCAGCAUCGGGGUGCUGCUGGCCCUGCUGGGCAGCGGGGCGGCAGGCAGCGGCCCCCAGGGCUGUGACAUCCCGCCCCAGGAGCUCACCCGGAUGCUGCAGAUCCUGGAGAGGUCGGUGGCAGAGUCCGAGGUGCCGAACCCCAGCGUGCUGCUGGCCUUCAACCUGGCCGGGGCCACCGGCAGCAACGCCCGGCAGCAGCUGCUCAAGGAGAUUGAGGAGGACGCGGUGAACAGAGCACAUAAAGACAUGUCCUCGGGCCAAGUGGCCCUGUACACCCUCGCCCUCCUCUCCUCCUGCCGCGACCCCCAGCACGUCGAGUCACACGGGCUCAGCGUCAACCUGAGCCGAGUCCUGGACCAGAAAACCCGCAAGGAGGUGGCCAAACUGGAGAAGGACGGCGUCCCGCUCACCACCCUGUACAGCGUGGGCCUGGACGUGCUGGCGCUGUGCUUGGCGAGGACAGGGGACUACGAGCAGGACGCCAUCCUCCUGGCCAAGCAGCUGCUGAGCUCCGGCAGCCAGAUCGACGUGGACACCCAGGCCGUGAUGGCGCUGGCGCUGGAGUGCGUGUACGACCGCACGGAGCUCCCUGACACACGGGGCCUGCUACAAGAGGCGCUGGAGGAGGUGUCCAAGGGCUUCCUCGACAAGCAGGAGGAAGGGGAGGGCGUGAUCGGGAACAUCUACAGCACGUCGCUGGCCAUGCAGGUGCUGGAAACCGCCAGCAAGUUCUACGCCCCACGGCAGUGGAACUGUGCCCAGGCUUUCUCUGCCGUCUACAGCCACCAGCUGCAGCAGCCCAUGGCUGUAGCCCAAGCGGUGCCAGCCCUGGUGCACAAACCCUACCUCGACGCUGCCAGCCUGGACUGCAGCGUUGUCGCCGUCACCAUCCCGCAGCUGCCCCUGUCCCCAAGCCAGGCCACGACAGCUCAGGAAGGGCCCCCGAUCACGGUGCACUACACCAUCACCAACACCCUGAAGGGGAAGCCCUUCGAAUUCUCCAUCACCGUGAGCGUCCCGGCCGGCUCCACGCUGCUGGCCGUGCUGCAGGAAGCCGAAAAAGCUGAUCCCGAGGAAUUCAGCUUCGAGACGAAGGCGACGUCGUGGGGCCCCAUGGUGGUGUCCAUCCACGGGCUGGCAGGCAGCGAGAGGGACAGAACCUUCUGGGAGUUCUUCAGCGGCACCGACUCGCUGCAGGAAGGGGUCGGCACCUACAAGCCGCAGGACGGAGAGCACAUCCGGGCCGUCUUCAGCAAAUACUGAUGCCACCAAGCAGCACCGCGGCGUCAAUAAAGAGCCAUUUGCAGCACA